CGGUUAAACAGAGGGAAAGGGGACGGUAAGGACAGAGAGAGACAAAAAAGGAGAGAAACAACACAGAGAUAGAUAGUUAAAGGGAACGAAGGAGAGACAGAAAGGGGGCGAGGAGGAGAAAGAGACGGUGAGAGCGAGAGACACUGAGAUACAGAAGAGAAAAGAAGAGAGAGGGAGAGCGAGGGAGCGACAGACAGACAGACGGACGGACAGAGAGACAGACAGACAGUGAGAGCGAGUCCAGCGUGCAGGAGAAAGUGUAGCUAAUAUCUGUACUCUCGGUAAGGAAAUUCCAAAUGGAUGGAAUGAAACCAGCCAUGGAGACGACGGCCGAGGAGAACCAGGACGAGAGGGAGGAGAGCAAAGGUUGCUUGGACUGCUGCAUUAAGUGUCUGGGCGGGGUGCCGUAUGCCUCAUUGGUGGCCACCAUCCUGUGCUUCUCGGGUGUGGCGCUGUUCUGUGGCUGCGGACAUGUGGCACUGACGGGCACCGUGACCAUGCUGGAGAACCACUUCUCCCGCAUCACAUCUGACCAUGCCACCCUUAUCGACGUCGUCCAGAUUCUGCAGUACAUCAUCUACGGCAUCGCCUCCUUCUUCUUCCUCUAUGGCAUCAUCCUGCUGGCUGAGGGCUUCUACACCACCAGCGCCGUCAAAGAGAUGCACAGCGAGUUCAAGACCACUGUGUGUGGGCGCUGCAUCAGUGCCAUGUUUGUGUUCCUGACCUACAUUCUGGGCUUGGCUUGGCUGGGCAUCUUCGGCUUUUCCGCUGUGCCUGUCUUCCUCUUCUACAACAUGUGGACCACGUGUGCCGCUAUGAAGUCUCCCAUCGCCAACCUUACCUCUGUGGACAACAUCUGUGUGGAUGUGAGGCAGUACGGAGUCAUCCCUUGGAAUGCUGAUCCUGGCAAAGCAUGUGGGCAAAACUUGGCUGAUAUUUGUAACACCAGUGAGUUCUAUUUGUCCUACCAUCUGUACAUUGUCGCAUGUGCUGGAGCUGGAGCCACUGUGAUUGCACUGAUCCACUAUCUCAUGAUCCUGGCGGCUAACUGGGCAUAUCUGAAGGGGGCGUGCCAGCAGACCCACGCCUACCAGGACAUCAAGACCAAGGACGACGCUGAACUGCAGGACGUGCAGUCGCGCUCUAAGGAGGGCCUCAAUUCUUACUCAUAAAUAAAGGCCAAGUUAACCCGCAUGUGGUGAAAAAUGACAUAUUGGCUUGAGAAAACAUCUUUAAAUGUAUGCAAUAUAUCUCAUAUUUCUGAUUAUGACAAUAUUAUUAUUAUAAGGUUAUUAUUGAUUCUGAUCUGUUUAUGGAUGUUUUUUUUUAUUCUGGACUAUCUUGAAAGAUUAAGUGGAAUUAUCUCACUGCACUGCCAGAUAACUAUUAAUGCUUGAAGAUUCUGUGUGAAGAUUCUGCUUGAAGUGAACGUAAUUUUACUUGAUUAUAUAAUUUAAGAAAAUUUUUGUCUAUAUUACUUUUAACAAAAUCGAUCUAGAAAUAGGCUGAUAAUCUCAUAAUAAUUCUAUGAAAAUGAAAAAUGUUGAAAAUAUAUUGUCUACAUUCAAGAUGUUCUCGCCAACAUGGAUUUUUUUCCAGUGCAGAUCAACUUAAACCUUCUUUUAACCCCACAACACACACACACACAUAAUCACACACACAAACAAAAACAGUACAACGCUAACUAACAUGGCCUAGUAGUGUUCUACAACAACAGGGCGUUAUAUCAAAUCAGCAGUCAUAAGCAGUUACGACCACGGCGUUGGACAUUGGUUCUUGGUUUUAUGUAAAAGUAAAAGAAAUAACAGAUCCAUUUCACAGGUUGUGCAGUUAAUGAUGAAUAGGUGUCUUUUAUUCGAUGUUGGUGAGGUCGUAUGAAAAUGCAUGUGUAAUUAUUUCAGUGCUCGUUGCUAAUGUCAGGGAAAAUAAUGAGAAAAAAAACGUAUUGAAAGUGCUGAGCCGUGGUCUUAACCAGCUUGUCUCUGACUCCGUGGCGCACUGUUGAAGUACAGCACUACCUCACAGCUGUUACUGUCUGCACUAACACGUUACAGACAUUUUGCAGGAACUUCCUUUUUUGGUGUUUUAUACAUAUAUAAAUAUAUAUAAAUGUGUGAAAGUGUAUGAAUGUUGUUGGUUUUUUUAAUACUUAACGUAUGCCAGGUUUAUUAUGAUAUUUCUCUGGUCUUUUUCUCUUUUUCUCUUUUACUCUCGUUCUCGGUUACCAACAAACUUUACUCUUGUUUUUCCUGAACUGCUUUUUUUAAUACUAAUAUAUUAUCUUUUUUUUUUUUCUUUUUCUCGUUUUUAUACUGCUACUUGAUACGUUGCACUACUCUGAAAUGAAUAGACUACAUACAGUCACAUUUUUGGAAUUUCUCUCUUUUGGGAGAUCAGAGGGUGGGUUCUCUGAGAAGUGUAAAUUUAUAGAUCAAUUAAAUUGUGUUAAUUGUAACCCAAAAUUAAUAACUAUGAAAAUGACUGAAGAAAUAACGAACAGAAGUAGUGCUUGAUAUUAGCUUCAGUUAAGUGUGUACAUCAGUUUCACAUGAAUAAAAUACUUGCAAGUAUUAUAAAA